GUAUCAGUCUGCUGGACAUUACGACUGAAAACAACAACAAGAAUAAAGAUGGAGUUCUUAUUUGGGCGGAGAAAGACCCCAGAGGAGAUGCUAAGACAGAACCAGAGAGCACUGAACAGAGCCAUGAGAGAGCUAGACAGAGAACGCCAAAGGAUGGAACAGCAGGAAAAGAAAAUCAUAGCUGAUAUUAAGAAAAUGGCAAAACAGGGACAGAUGGAUGCUGUUAAGAUCAUGGCUAAGGACUUGGUUCGCACCAGGAGAUAUGUAAAGAAGUUCAUCAUGAUGAGAGCCAAUAUCCAAGCAGUCAGUCUUAAAAUCCAAACCCUCAAAUCAAACAACAGCAUGGCACAGGCCAUGAAGGGAGUCACCAAAGCCAUGGCCACAAUGAACAGACAGUUAAAGUUGCCACAAAUUCAGAAAAUCAUGAUGGAGUUUGAGCGCCAAAGUGAAAUUAUGGACAUGAAGGAAGAAAUGAUGAAUGAUGCAAUUGAUGAUGCAAUGGGAGAUGAGGAUGAUGAAGAGGAAAGUGACGCUGUGGUUUCCCAAGUGCUGGAUGAGUUGGGUCUGAAUCUUUCAGAUGAACUUUCAAACCUGCCAUCUACUGGGGGGAAUCUUUCAGUUGCUGCUGGGAAGAAAGCCGAGCCACAGCCAGCUUUGGCAGAUGCAGAUGCUGACCUGGAGGAAAGACUAAAUAACCUCAGGAGAGACUGAGGGAGACGCAUCCUUGGGUUAAGGCUUUAGGGUGGAAAUGUGCAUAAGGUUUUCUAACAGCUUACAUGGUGUUCAGAGAUUAAAUCAGAGGACAGAUUGACACUGCAGUAUUUGGAUGCAGUGUCUUGUUUUUUUCCCCCUCUUUGCUUUAGGCAUUCUUAUGUGAAUGCUUGUAUUCUUUUUUUUUUCUACUGUAACUGUGCUGUAUGUUAUGCUACCAAACCAGUGCUCAAAACGAAGAUUUUGAUCCUUAAACAGUUUUCAGCACCUUGCUGGAACUAGCUGAGGCAUAAACACUAAGUACUUUAAGAAACAAACAAAAUCUAUACAAUCGGUUCUUUAGUUAGUGAAAUAAAUAUUAAUAAAGCUGUUAUUUUAUAUGCCACAUCACAGUAAUAUCAUUGUGGUUUUAUUACAGAAAUAUAAUUCUUGCAAGCCUUGUUUAAACUUUGAUCUGGUUCGAGGUCACCAUCAGAAAAUCCUUUUGCUACAGUUUCCAAAAUGUUUCACGGAUGUAAUGGGCCCAUUGGGUUUUAUGUAUCUAAAGUGAUCUAAACUGAUUCUUAAUUUCUC